UCUUCAAGUCAGCGCAAGCAGCGCUUUCAUGAUAUUCAAGUGACAGCCGGUGCUGUCUUCAAUGACAUCAAGACUCUUACAGUCGAUAUGAAGGUCCGUUGGUCAUCGACGUACAUGAUGUUAAAUCGUGCCUACAACAUGCCUUUACAGCAUGUCGAGAAGUUCAUUACGGAAAUCUCUCGUACUGCCAAGGAUCGUGCAACCUCAGCAAAAUUGUACUCACUGUUGCCCAGCGCUGAAGAAUGGAAUCACGUCAAGAAGUUUCAGCGCAUUCUACAGAGUGCGGACGCUUGCCAACAGCGUUUCUCAUCCGAGCAUGAACCUGCACUACAUCUCGCCUUACCUGCACUUGAAGAUUUGCAUGCGUGCUGGACAGAGCGACUUCAAAACGACCAGUAUGAGUAUUUCGAAGCCGGAUUACAGUCAGGGCUUGACAAGAUUAGCGAGUAUUAUGACAAGACAGGCCACAACGACGUGUAUGUAUUCUCAAUCAUCUUAAGCCCUCGUAUACGAUUCUCAUUCUUUGAGAGGAGCUGGCCAAAGUCUCUGCGUGAUGAAGCCAUGUUGCUUAUCAGGCGAAUUAGGUAUGCCGAUGUCUGCGGUGCUGCCAACCCUGCCAAUGAAGCAAUGUUGCUUAAGACGAAGUCUAUUCGAUGCAUGGGCUCCAUGCUUGCUGACCUGUCCUCUGAUGAGGAAACUCAUGCCAUGCCAUCUAAAGGUGCGAGCCAGACUGUCAUAGAUCCAGGACAGGAGUGGGAGAAGGAGUUCAAUAAGUAUGUAAUGCUCGAUGAUGAUAUUCCAGAGACGGUCUCUACGGUGCAUUGGUGGGGGCUCAAUGCACACUGCUUCCCUAUAUGGGCUUCGCUUGCACGUGAUUAUCUUGCAAUUAUGGCAACCUCAGUCUCAAGUGAACGGGCCUUCUCUAGCGCAGGCAUCACGAUUACUAAACGACGAAACCGGUUGAAGGGCGACAUUGUUGAGGCCCUCCAGGCACUCAAAUGUGCGUACCAUAAGAACCUGUUUUUUCAUGAUGUUGGGCCUUCGUCUUUCACGGAG